AUUAGGGGGAGUAUUAGUGUCCCAUCAUUGGUAUUCUUGGGAGGAACACUUCCCCAUUAUUGGUGUCAGUGGGAGAAAUGGUGCCCUAUUGUUGGUGUUACUUGGCAGAAUGGUGUGUCUUCAUUAGUGUCAGUAGGAGGAGUAGUGCCUCAUCAUUGGUAUCAGUGGGAGGAAUCAUGCCCCAUCAUUGGUGUCAGUGGGAGGAAUAGCACCCCAUCAUUGG